AUGUCUGAACUUUAUAUUAGUCCUUAUUCCGUUUCUAUUGCUCAAAAAAUUGUUAAAGAUUAUUUCCAAACAGUUAUGGGCCAUAGAAGUGAUGUAUUGAUGUAUUAUGCUCAUGACGCUUAUUUACAGUGGGAUGGAAAAGAUUAUCACGGCCAUGGAGAAAUUCAAUCAUUUUUCGAACAGUUACCUGCACAAGUUACAUUCUAUAUUACAGGAUUUGACGUUCAAUCAGUUUCUGAAACAGAUCUUUUAACAAUGCUUGUUGUUUUCGGAUCAUAUCAAAUGCCAGGUGCAAGAAUGCAAGAUUUUCAUUGUUCAUUCUUUAUUCAAAGUCAUAAUGAAAACGCACUAGCAAUUAUCAAAUCUCAAUGCUUCUCCUGCUUCUAA